AUGGACUUUGAUCUGUGCUAUUACAUAGCUCCUGUUGCAUUGGCAUUAGGAGUUCUUAUAGGGAGAUUCACUCAUAAGAGGACAGGGCUUAAAGAAUACAACAGCAUCCUAUCAAGUUUAAACGAAAGUUCUCAAGAAGCAGCCAAAAGGAAACUAAAAUACAGCAUCUACUGCUCCCGGCUCCAAUUGUUUUCCAGAUUCCUUCUAGCUGCUUAUAUUAUAACAGGCUUUCUUCUUAUCUACCACCACGACGUCAACAUCUUACUAGAUAACUAUAUUUAUUCUAUAUCUGCCCUGCUUAUCCUCAUAAGCUUCUAUGCCUCGACAUUUGGGACUUAUUGGGUAGUUCAAGAUAGCGAAAAAAAGAUUGAGCUUUAUAAGCAAAAAAUCAUAUCAAGCAAAAGCCAAUUAAUUAAGGAUCUCGGUCAGGAAGUCAUUGAAGCUAUUAAGGAAAACGACACUUGUAAUGCGAAAUGCAAAGAAAAAACAGCGAAGCUAGAAAAAGACUUGAAUAAACACAUACAGUUUAUUAAGGAUUUGGCAGGGUUUCAGUGGUGUGAUGGAUGCGCGCAACAGGUUGCGUGCACAGGAGGGUGUGGAGGGAAAUUUUUUGCGUUUACAAAGAGGAAGUUAAUGGAUCUAAAGCUAUAA